AUGCCACUAUCACUUGCCUAUUAUCUUAUCACUGCCAUGAGUUGUGGUUCAUUGCUAGGUCGCUGUGUGGCUGGGUUUAUUGGUGAUCAUAUUGGAUGGUUUAACACACAAAUUCUCAUUCUCGGUUUAUCCACGACCUCAAUACUUGGUAUUUGGCUUCCUGCAGAGGCCAAUCCCAAGCUCCUCUGGUUAUUUGUCGUCCUGUUUGGUUUCUGCAGCGGAUCAUCAAUAAGCCUAGGACUUGUCUGCAUAUCCCAACUGUGCAAGACAGAGAACUAUGGAAAAGUUUCUGGGACCUUGUUUGCAUUCUCUAGCAUUGGAUAUCUCAUUGGUAUUCCCGUAGGUGGUCUGCUUCUUCAGCUACCAAAUGCAUCAUACAGGGCGUUGAUAAUGCUUGCUGGACUAGCAUAUGGCUUAGGAUUGCUGUGUUGGACGGCUAUACGGGUUCUUCGGGGUGGAUGGAAGUUGAAAGCAAGACUCUGA